AUGGCUCCUCAACAACAUAAUAAGAAGAACCCCAAAUCUGCCACUCAGGACUUAACCAAAGUGUUUGAAUCAGGUAGUGGGAAAAUAAAAAAGAAGAUAAGAGAUACUGAAAGAUUAUUAAAAAGAGAUAAAUUACCUGCUAAUGUUAGAGUUGAUAAUGAAAGAACUCUUAAAGCUUUGAAAGUUCAAUUGAAAAAUGUUGAAACUCAACAGAAGACAAAGAAAAUAGCAAAGAAAUAUCAUAUGGUUAGAUUUUUCGAAAGGAAGAAAGCUACCAGACAAUUGAAACAAGCUAAAAAGGCAUUAGAAGAAGCUGAAUCGAGUGAUGAUAAGAAAGCUAUCAAGAAAGCUAGAACAGUUUAUAAACAUAAGGAAGUUGAACUCGCAUAUACAAUUUUAUUCCCCAAAAGCUCGAAAUAUGUUUCUUUAUAUCCAAAUGUUGAUGACAGCAAACAAGAAUUAACCGAAAAGGCUAAGAAGGGAUUACAUGCUACCGAAGAAGCCAGAAAAGAAUUCAAGAAACAGGUUAAGACCAUGAUAGAAGAAGACAAAUUACCUUUCAAUUUAGAUGAUAUACUUAAAGGUAAGUCUAUAGCAUAUGAUCAAAAGGACCAAAAUGAAGAAACAGAAGAUAUUGAUGCACCUGUUGAAGCAGAAGAUGGUGUUGAAGAAGACGAUUUCUUCGAGGAAGAACUUUAG